GGAGGCCCAAAGAAGUGAAGAACUGGAGUAAACACUGGCACCGCCCGCCUUCUACCGCCCCUCCUGCCUCUCCAGCUUCUCUCCUGACUUCCUGUGCCACAUGCAUCACUGUAGCACUUGUAUCUGGUUAUUACUGCUUCUAUAUAGCAACUGUGUGGCCAAUUUAAAAAAGAAAAUCCUUCCUGAAAUGAAACACUCCACUGAAUUCUUCCCCUGGAGGGAGAGCUGAGAGAGAACCACAUGGAGCAGAUGCUAGAUGUGUCACUGAACAUAUCCAUAUUUGAAUGUCCUGGUGUGAUGUUUCUGAAGUUGCAAAUAAAUUUGAUCUCCCCCUUUUGGAUUUUGAUUUCAAUGAUGGAUGAGUCCAAGCUUACAAGUUUCCAGAGGCGGCACCUGAUGGACUGCGUGAAACGAGGAGAUACCCUGCCACUCCAGUGCAACCCCACAUCCAGCAAAGACCCACAGCCUGCAAAGUCUGCCGUCUCUCCCCCAAAGCUUUGUCUGCCAGGCAGGCUUCCAACUAAACCACAUCUUCGACCUGCCAAGAUCUGCCAGGCAGGAGAUGCCUAUACCAGAGAGAAAUUCAAGCCACAGGCAAGGCGAGAUUUGGAAAGGGAGAAGCAAAGGCUCCAAAAUAUCUUGGCAACAGGAAAGGAUGUGGUGGAGCACGAAGUGAAGCAGACGCUGGUUCAGACAAAGGAAGAGGAGACACCCGAGAUUGACCGGUUUGAAGAAUUGGUGAACGAAGUUCAGGAGAGGAAGGAGUUCCUGGCAGAGAUGGAAGCUUUAGGACACGGCAAAAAAUAUCGAGGGAUUGUCCUCACUGAAAUCUCACAGAAACUGCGGGAGAUGGAGAUCAUUGACAAGAAGAGAAGCGAGGGAAUGAGAGAGAUCACAACAAAAGACUUCCCCAUUGGGAACAAAUCUGAUUCCCAUGACUAGGCCCAGAAAAAAACACCAGAGCAAUUUAGUCCCACCUCUUCUUCCCUUACCACCAGAGUCUCAAGGGCUGGUCUGUGCCUGCCCGUUUCUCAAGGAUCCCCUUGAAGAGGGGGCAGUACCACCUGCUGCCUAAAGCCAGAAGGCAGGAACAAUAUAUGCACAGCCGGUAACAGAAGAAAGCUGUUGUAAAAUCCUACCCACGCACCAGAUCCCUUCUGCAAGGGGCAGUCUUGCUCAACAAUAUUAAGGAGAUGAAAACAUACAGCAGUGGACUUUAAAAUAUGACAAAGCAUAGCCUCCUUUUGGCUACGCAAUGCUGCAGAGCAUGACAAUUUACAGAGAAAAAAAAAAAAAGUCACGCUUUUUCCAUUCAACCCAAAGCCUGGAGGUUUCUAGUUACAGUAAGAUGCUAACACAAGUGUUACUGUCUGCAUCUAUGACCUGCUUCUGUUUGCAUGGCUCUGGGAAUGGCUGUGCGGGCAGGGGGUGGGGAAGAAGAUGCACUGUGGGGCCUCAAACACACACAAGCUUCCAAUAUUAUUGUAGUUCAGAGUGAUUGUGUGCAUCAGCAAACUACUCAGCAGCAGUUAAAACAGGCAGGCACUCAGGAACACAGCUGUGCUGAGAAGGGAGAGGGGAUUUCAGUUCAGGGCUUUCUGCUCUUGCUGUGUGCAGGCUUGCUGUGGUUUUUUUGGUUUUAUCUGCUUUUUAGUAAUACUCCGUCAACCACUCCCCAAAGCCAGGCAGCACGCCCUGUCCCUGGGACAGCGUGAGUGCAGAAAGGAAUAAAAAUCUAAGCCAUGA